CUCAUCCUGUUAGUACCCAGAGCCGGGGACAGAAGCGAAGGACAACAGGCUGGCCUAAGUUGGGGCUGCUGCUCACCUCUGGAACAGGCACAGGACCCCCUAACUUUAGCUCCCUGUGUCCACACGCACACCCGCGCUGGGCUGUGCGCUCCUAGCCCCUCGCACCCGCGCGGAAAAGCACGCCUGGAGGCAGGUUCCACUCCAAGGCGAUGCGCGCCGGAGCCCAGGCAACUGGCCUGGGGUGGAGGGAGUAGGACCCAGCGGGGAGACUGCGGCGGGAGAGUCUCGGGUGAGGGGCCUGGCUGCGAGCGACACCUGCUGCUGCCGCCUCGCCGGGAUGCUGCGCGCCCUCUCCCUGCUGCUGGGCGCCGCGCUGCUCUGCGGCCCCGGGGCCUUCUGCCGCCGGGUCGUCAGCGGACAAAAGGUGUGUUUUGCUGAUGCAAAGCACCCCUGCUACAAGAUGGCCUACUUCCACGAGCUGUCCAGCCGAGUGAGCUUUCAGGAGGCUCGCCUGGCUUGUGAGAUUGAGGGAGGCGUCCUCCUCAGUCUUGAGAAUGAAGCAGAGCAGAAGUUAAUAGAGAGCAUGUUGAAAAACCUGACAAAGCCUGGAACAGGGAUUUCUGAUGGUGACUUCUGGAUAGGGCUGUGGAGAAAUGGAGAUGGUCAGGCCUCUGGCGCCUGCCCCGAUCUCUACCAGUGGUCUGACGGAAGUAGCUCCCAGUACCGGAACUGGUACACUGAUGAGCCUUCCUGUGGAAGCGAAAAGUGUGUUGUGAUGUAUCAUCAACCAACUGCCAAUCCCGGUCUCGGCGGUCCCUACCUUUACCAGUGGAAUGACGACAGAUGCAACAUGAAGCACAAUUAUAUCUGCAAGUAUGAACCAGAGAUUAGUCCAACAGACCCUGUGGAGAAGCCAUAUCUAACAAAUCAGCCAGGAGACAACCAUGAAAAGGUGGCUGUUACUGAAGCAGGCAUAAUUCCUAAUCUAAUCUAUGUUAUUAUACCAACAAUACCACUACUCUUACUGAUAUUGGUUGCUUUUGGAACUUGCUGUUUCCAGAUGCUUCAUCGAAGUAAAGGAAGAACAAAAACCAGCCCAAACCAGUCCACGCUGUGGAUUUCCAAGAGCACCAGAAAGGAAAGUGGCAUGGAAGUAUAACAACCCAUUGACUUAGCUCCAAAAAAGAAAGUAGUCUUAUAAUUCUGGAUCCGUGUAAGUAAGGAAUGGCAUCAGAACAUUAGCUUGGAAUGGCUUGAAAUCUCAAAGGAUCUGCAACGUGAACCUUAAGCUCCCCCUUGAGGCAAUUAUUAUAAUAAUUUUUAUAUGUUUAUUAUUUCAUUUCCAAAAGUAUGCUGUGCUAGUCAUGGAGUGAGACUUGCUUAUUUUGCUAAAGGAUGGGCCUAAAUUUCAAGAAAAUGGAAUGGACCACGCAGAUGGAGUAUGUGGGUUGAAAGCAGCUAUUUUGAUUUCUUUCACCUUUCGUAACUUGUAAUUUAGGUAAUGCGAUAUAAAUUGUAUUGAAAUUUUCAGUCUAUAGGAACAUUUUACCUUUGCAUAAGUACUUGAUAAAAGUGGACUCUUCUGAUAUUUAUUUUUAUGACAUUCCAUUUUUCAAUACAUGCUGCUUUGAUUGAAGAAAUACAUCACUGUUUUCAACUGAAUUCACAUACACACAAGUAUAUUAUCAUGAGAAAAUUUCUUUCUAGAAAUGGCUCAUCUCUGUUCAGUUUCUCUACUUUUUGUUGGACAAUGUUUAGGAAAUCUCUUCAGAAAUAAGAAGCUGUCUCUUUAACUGUGGUGUAAAUCUCCAGAAGCAUCUUCCUUAGAGGCAAGAAUUGUCUAAGUUCAAUUGUGCAAGACAUGUGCCUUACAAUUAUUUUUAGUUUAAAACUCAACAGAUUUUGUAAUGAAAUAACUUUACUAAUAGCUGUAUAAUAGUAAUGCAGUAAAUAUUGAAUAAAAGUGUGGCAUAGACAAUAUUAAUCAUAUGUCUUCACAUGUUGCCUAUAUAACUACAAGUCACUCUCUGAGGGUCCUAGAAUCAACCUGGUCCCUCCUUUACUGCCCAAACAAUGGUAGGUUUGGGAUUGGGAUGGACAUUAGAGGCAGAGAGUUUCAGAAGUUGUCUAAGGUUUUUCUCACUGAAUCUAGCCUCUAUUAUUACAUACAAAGUCUUAUAAUUGGGACCAGGUGAAUGACUGCCACCAGAGUGGAGCUAAGCACAGUACACUGACAUUUCAAGAUGGAAAAAAAUAAACACCCCCACGAUAGAUGAAUUAGUGUGACAUGUGUUGGAAGUUGUCAGGGAUUUAGUAUUUCACUGGUGAGGAUUUGUUCAUGGUUGUAAGCAGUAGCUCCCUUCUGUCUUAUCUUCUUCUAGUUUCUUCGAUGCUUGUGACUUGUUCUUCUCAAGUUGUCACUAUUUGGUCUUCAAAUAUCGCUGUGCUCCUUUUAACCAA